UCAAUUCCAAGCCCAGGUUCUGGACGGAGGGCCUCAACCGUUUCAAGCUCUGGCCCAGUCUGAUGGAUAUCGCAAUCGGCAAAUCCCCUUCCUUCUGAGAGGUGGCCUUUUCUCUUCAACCCAUCGCCACCCACCACCGCCACUCACUGCCGGUUUAGAAGAAUGGGAGAAGAAAAGGCAAGAUAGAGAUCGAAGAGGGCUACAAGAGAGAGAGAUUCACAUCGCCUGUUCUUCACGUGGCUAUUUAGAAAUUGAACGGCAGGACGUCCAAAGGCUCCAGGCUCCAAUUUGUCUGUCGCCUAUAAUCUCGAUUAUAGUCAUUCUUCUUGGAAUUCAUCCAUCAAGGUGUGAGCCCACAAUUCCUAAUGCAAACAAAGAGUCUGGCUACUCUUAAGCACUAGGCCAAUGCUGCUGCUUUGAGUUGCAGGACCUUUUUUGUUUAUGGGCACAAAUUCAUAUUAGUCACAACAGAUUUGCAUUGGCAAUAUGGAUUCCAAUGGCCUUGUUGACCAGAGGUGCGAACAUAGGCUAUACAUCGGUAACCUUGAUCAGAGAAUAACAGAGUCUUUGCUGAUCAAGAUGUUUUCUCCUUUUGGGAAAAUUGUUUCUGAGGACUUCUUGUGGCACACUCGUGGUCCAAAACGUGGGGAACCGCGUGGUUUUGCUUUUGUCCAGUUUAGUACCAGAGAGGAAGCUCAACUGGCCAAGGACAAGAUGAAUGGAAGGUUGGCUUGUGGGCGCCCUCUGGUUGUUAGAUUUGCUAGUGAGAAGCAGUUGGUAGAAGCAGCAGCACAUCCUCCUAAAGCAGUUGGUGAGGGAAACAAAUCAAGCAUUGCAGGCAGCUCCUUGGGGCAAAUGAGUCGUACUGCUAAGAUAGCUGCAAUAAAGAAUAAACUGAAAGCCAUGGAAGAAGAGAGCUCUAGCAUGAAGAAACCGAGGCAAGCUGAUGGCUUCAUUUAGUGGUCUUGGUCAGUCGUCUAUCAAAUGCUGACAGGAAAAGAUACAGAAUGGCAGUUACAGGAGUUUCUUCAAAUUUGCCAAAGACCCGUUACAAGAUACUUUCAUGGUCUGGGAUUUGUGAGAUCCCAGUAAGGAUGCUGAACUUGUAAAUUGCUUCUUCACUAACUGCUCUGCUGGCGGAUUUGAAGUGAAAUGGUCUUGAAAAAAAUGGGAAGAAUGAAAUUUGUAUGGUGAAUUGGUGACAACCUUUUGGUGUUCUUGUUACACGAGGAACAUUUGGACUCCUAGCACAUUGGACUACAAUUUUUGGGUUCAUAUGUCAAUAAUAUGGUUAUUUAUGACAUUUUUUUAUAAGCGAUUAUUUAUGACA